GGCGGUUCUGUUGAGCGCGGUGUUGUCCUUUCUCCUUUAGCCGAGUGUGCAGCUGCGGGAGCUAGUUCUCUGUGUGCGGCUCUCUGUGCGGCUCCGUGCGGCUCUGUGCUCUCUGUGCUCUCUGUGCGCGGCUCUCUCCGUCCGGGCGCACUCCGCGGGACGCACGAGGCUCCUGGAUCACCCCCCGGCUCCAGAAAAGCACCAGACGAGGCUCAGACCACACUAAAAACUGAAGAAGCCCUGCAUUCAGAGCGCGACCGUCCGCCAACUCCCCCCGACCCGACCGGCGCUGACGUCCUGCAGUGUGCGCGUCUGAGGAGGGAAAAGAGGAGGAGCCAAACCGACCUGCCGCGAACAACGGUCCACCAAAAAAAAAACCUUGGGGACAUUCGCUUUGCUUUAGCUAAGUGGUAAUUACACAGGACCUGCUGCACUUUAGAGCAAAACAAAUGUACAUGAUAAACUCUGAUAAAAAGUAAAACAACGGCUCCAUCGUCUGUCGGAAGUGAAGCUCACAUCCCGCGAAAUCUUCGACUUGAGCAAACGGUUGAUGAAAUCUCUGAAACUCAUGUCCACGAAUCCCUCAACCUGAAGGGAGCGAUGGAAGUUGUUGUGAAUGAGGAGAAAAAGAAAAUUUUCCGUGCCAGAAAAACCAUGAAGAUCAGUGAUCGUCAGCAGCUAGAGACUCUUCACAGCACUUUACUGACCUCGUCUUCAGGUUUGUCAAACUCUCCACCGCCGCUCAUGAAUGGAACACACAAAGAGGAUGGACCAAAUCCUGAAGAUAAUCAACAAGGUCAGUUGGAGCCAGUGUCUCCAAAUGAUGAGUCUCCUUCGUCUCCCACUCCUGAGCUGUCCCUAAAUCUGUCCCCCUCGCCUGAAUCUGCAGAAAGUCCAAAUGCAAAGGAUGACCUGCCUGGCUCUCCAGUAUCUCCAUUCCACUCGCUAAAUUCUGAACUGAAAAAAUUAGAGAAUGACGAGUCACGCCCUUCAUCCCCAAAUUUAAACCUGGACAUUCCAUCCGAAAAGGCCCCCAAACAAACUCCAGAAGACCACACUGAGCCAGUCGCUGAAAACGAAGCCGUGGAAGAUGACACUACAGAGGAUCAAGCAGAAUCAACAAAUUCUGUGAAGGAUUCUGAAGGCCUGCCUCCUCAGUCUCCUGUGGUGCAAACUGAUUGCUCUGAACCAAUGGAAACAGACAGUGGCUCCACAAAAGCAGUGGACUCUGCAACAGCAGAAACCAAAACAGAUAAACAGACUGAUGAAAAAACACCUUCUUCGUUAUCUUCAAAUGAGGUUGUUUCUUCCCCUUCUUCCGCCUGCAAAGCUGAAGCUACUGUCACUGAAAAAGACGCAGAACCAGAGAAAGUAAAGGAAAAGAAUGUUCCAGUUGCCGAGGUGAAAAAAGAGGCGAAAGUGGCUGUCGAUUUAAAAACAAAAGUGAAAAGUGAAAAGGAUACAAUCAAACAAGCCCGACCUUCCUCAACUCCACCGUCAGAUGCAGUUAAAGAAGAGAGAACGUCUGGAAUAAAACGCACCCUCUCAGAGGGAUUUGAACCCAAUGGACCUUCUAUAAGCAGAGAAGUCAAAAGGCCAAAGAUGGAGAAUGAAGAGUUUGAAGCACAACUGGAGCUCAAAAUUACUGCAAAAGCUGGAAAUCACCUUAAACUUGAAAAGAUCGUUCAGAAGCUUGUAGAGGACAAACUGAGAGUGCUGGAGAUGUCCAUUUUUGACAGAAGUCUUCAGGAGUUAAAAGACAGAGUUGACCAAAUCGACUGUAGGACUAAACACCACACUGCUAUGAAUACACUACAAGCCAAAAUAGCUCGUCUUGCGAAAAAAUUUGGAGAGGCCAAUCAGGCCUCUGAAAAUAAAAAGAAACAGGAGGCACUCGCUGCUGCUGCCGCUGCGUCGUCGAACACUACCCCGGCUCCGCCAGCUCCUGCUGCUAAGACGGUUCCAAACAGUCUUCAGACUCAAAGGCCUGCUCGUUCCUCAGUGGAGGUAAAGCAGACAACAACAAUCGCUGUUGCAUCAACCAGCAUUCCUUCACCUGCCACUACAACUCCUGCUAUCUCUGCUUCUGUUCCCACCACCACGACUUUAGUGUCUCAAACCCCUAUACUCCAGCUCAUCGCCUCCACUGCAAAUGCUGUCUCUAAUUUGACUGCGAGCAGCACGACUCAGAGUCCUACCAGCACGUUGGUGUUGAAGAACGGUAUGAUGGCGACAGGCCAGCCGCUGCUCAUCCAGCUGCCUCUGUCCAUGGCAAACGGUCAGGCAGGAACUCUUGUAAACAUUCCCGUGUCCUCCUUGAAUGCGGUCACUUCUUUAAACAAGGCAAAGACUACUGCACCCACUACAACAUUUAUUCUCAAGUCUGCUCCUACAUCGACCGCUGUGCCCUCCGCUGCUACGCUACCCGCUAUCCAAGCUCCUGUGUCUCACGUGCCCACUUCACAAAUCUCUCUUGCCCGGGCGGUGUACCAGGGCGGUGCAGGAGGAAUAACCACACCCAACUCGGGGGUAUCUGUGACCUCAGUGAGAGCCCCGACACAGUCUGUAUCUGUGGCCGGAGCGAUGUCCUCAGCCUCAUCGCUUGUGACAUCUGGCCCAGCUGCAACCGGAUCUACUGCCCCUGGACCGCCACAGGGGACGUCACUCACCACAAAAACAGACAACCAAGUACCUGGACCUUCUUCAUCCAAAGCACCACCGUCCGCACCUCGACCAAAGGGCUCUGUCAUCGAUCUGACUGAGGAAGAUGAUGACGUUUUAGUCACAGGAGUAAAGAGCGCCACAGUUACCACAGCCACUGCUAUACGCUCACAAACAAGCAUCACAAGUACAGCCAGAUCAUCCCCUCAGACAAACCCAACCUCUAGCAGUAAUCCUCAACUCUCGACCCACCAUCGCCCUCUACUGGACUCAAAAUCCAGAAAUACGACUAGUACUCCUACUCGCAGCUCCAGUGUUGCUCUGCCUCCUCUUCCUUCUGCCCCUGUACCACCGCGUUUACCUCCAGAAGCCGAAAAGACCUCAGUCCCUCAACAACCACAGCUAAAGCUCGUGCCAAGUCAGACGGGCAUUGUCCUUUCUUGGUGUGUAGCAGAAACAGAUUUGACCUGUGCGGCCGUGGACAGCUACCACCUCUACGCUUUCCAUCAAGACAACUCAAACAGCAACCCAUCUCAGCAGCACUGGAAAAAGAUCGGAGAGGUCAAGGCCCUUCCUCUGCCAAUGGCCUGCACGCUGACCCAGUUUCAGACUGGCUCGACUUAUCAUUUCGCUGUUCGAGCUAAAGACAUAUAUGGGCGAUUUGGUGCUUUCUGUGAACCGCAGUGCACUAAUGUUAUCAAUUCAAGCUCUAGUUGAACCAGUCAGAAUGGCAGACGUUAAUCAUUCAUUCCGUUGGAGGUUACUUUUUUUGAAACCUCGCCUGCAUCUGUAAAUAAUGAAUGCGUAUUAUCUGGACUGAGGACUGACUUGAGAAUGAAAAUGUCUUAUGGUUUUGUCCAGUGUAUUUCUAGAUGACAUCUCGUGAGCGUGUAUAUAAUUUACUCUGCAGGUCCUAUAUUUAUGUUCUGACUCCUGUUCCCUUGAUUCAAAUGUCAAAUUGUUUAACCUGACUAUGAGUGACAGAAUUUACUCUAGGACACAAUUGCACAGAAUUGUAUUAAUGUGUGGUAGAUACUGAUUUUUGUACAUUUUGUCUGGCAACCAGACUUUGACAAGCAUAAUAAAGUUUUUAUUUAAA